CGUAGCACCCAUCUCCGCCAGUUCCUCCUUAAUCCUGACCUUCCAUAAACCUCAUCCUUCACCGUACAUUUUCCCCAAAAUUUCGACCAUUCAACUUGAAUAAAAUACACUAUAUAGCCUUGCUAUUCAAUCACAAAUUACAGUACCUUUCAAGAUCAAGACGCGUCUACCUUAAUGGGUAGGCUUGCUAAGGCGACCAUGGGCCGCGAGGUGCAAGUAAACAUGGACGUCGAAAAGAGAAAGGAUUUGCUGCAUGAUCUCGAGUUGAAGCAUCAGAUGAACACCAGUGACACCGAAAUCCUAAUCAAGGAUGAGGACGUUCGCCGAUUGAGAGUCCGAAUUCUCAUGUUACGGGACGAAAACACGUCCUUGCGUGACCAAAUAUCCCAGAACAAUGACACAAACACGAAACUUUCCGCCCAUUGCGAGGGCCUAAGCGCCCAGAUUGAAGCCAAGAUGGAUGUAAUUCGCUUACAGGAACAGCAAUUACGGAAGCAGGAGCGAGAAUACACGAACUUGAAGGCCGAGCUCCAAGCCAUGAACAACGCAACCCAAGAUUCCACCAAUCUGCUUGCUGAGAAGCUGUCGCUGAGUCGUGAAUUGGCUGUUCUAAAGCCCGAGAUUGAACACCUACGAUCACAAGUAAAUCAGCAACAGGCAACACUCGCAGAGAAGCUAGCCUUGGAACGCCAAGUCAACACUCUUGAGGUCGAGCUUGCAAAUGAGAAGAAAGCAACUAAGCGAGCAAUGCAGAAACGCGAGAGCAAUGACCGGGUUGAGGAUGAAUUGCGAAAGAACCUACGCGAGGUUGAGAAGAAACUGACUGCGGAGAAGUCGGAACGCGAAAGGCUUGAAGACCAGCUCGAGCAAGAGAAGCGAACUCGUCAAUUUGCGAUACAAGAUCAAGACAGCAAUCGAGAAGUAGAAGCUGACCUUCGAAAGAAGCUACAUGAAGCCCAGAGACAACUACGGCAAGAACAGGAUGACAGGGAAAGAUUAGAGGGCGAGCUUCAGUCCGCCAAACUUGCAGCGAAGAAAUCGCAGAAGAACAGUUCAAAGGGCGACGCAGAUGAUGAGCUACGCACACAGAUUGCCGAGCUGAAAACAAAGUUGGAUGCUCAACAGAAAGAGAAUGCAAAGAUUCGCCACGAGAGCCAAACCACGAUAAAUGAAGCUUAUGCUCAGAAUGAUCAUUUCGAGAAAAAGAUCGAGAAGUUAAAGACGAAACUACGCGAAACCCAGGAGCAGCUUAAGCAGUGCCAAGCAGACCUUCGAAAAGUUCAACAGUCUCGUUCUUCAGUCUCGGACGACACCACAAAAAUCGAUGGCCGAUCCCAAGUCUUUCGUAAGAGGAAAACUCGGGAUAUGGGCGCAGACGAUUUCGCUCAGAUCGAGAUUCAGACUCCCGCAGCUGAUAACGGCAAGGAACGGCGUGCACUUAAGAAGCGAGGCUUGGAGCCUACGCUUCCGGGCGAGAAGUCAACGUUCUCCAUUACACCAUUCCUAAACCGUACCAAGAGCAUCAUGGAGGAUACUCCCAAGACCGACGCAGGGACACCGGAUGACUCAGUCGCCAUCGCUGCGCCAGAAACUGAUGUUGUCGAACCUACGAAGACUGUGGCAGAGGUAGACGCAGAAGCAGGAGCCCCAACAGAGGAGGUCGACCAAAAUGAGCCGACCUCGUCUGCCCCCGUCGAGGAUGAGAAGCCUAAAGCGGCUUCUAAGUCCCGAGGUCGACCUAAGAAAGUCCUUGGUGAAGCACCGUCAGCCAAGAGAAAUGCACAGCCUAUCCUCAAGAAGUCUCUCAAGGCCAAGAACAGUCUGGAGAAGGUGACGGAGGAAGCCAAUGACACUAACCAAGAGAAUCAGGGUGAAGCUGCAGAAGCUGUGGAGAAGACAACAACUGUUAAGUUCAGCAUCGGUCUUCCGCAAGACGAGAGCACGUCAUCCAGCAAUAGCGCUGAUCAACCGAAGGGUGAGCAGCCAAAGAAGAAGAAACGUAAGGUCCUAGGUUCCACCAAGACCCUAUUCGACGAAGAAGAGGGCGAGGCACCUCCGGUUAGGAAACCGGCCAAGGUGCAACUGGGUGGAAAGAGAGCACUAGGGAAAGCCGUCCUUAAUGCGCAGAAAAGCGCAUUUGCCGGUUCGGCAUCCUUCUCGCCUCUGAAGAAGGAACGUAGAGGUGUCGGUGCUAGUUUCCUGGCAUGAAAUACGGGUCCGGGUUUCAUCAGAAUGGCGGAAUUUUUGCACUAGGAAUGGAAUGGAACGGACGGAUUGUGCAUGCAUUUGUUGGCGUUAUUGAUUAUUUGCUUCACGAUUUGGCGUUUGGGAAAGGGCUGUAGGAUUAGGUACAGGGUUGCAUUAUUAUGCGUGAAUAUGAACAUGCUUGCCUUGGAAAGGCCUUAUCACACUUUUUUUUGGAGGCAGAUUUUAGAUUGAGAAUGGUGAUACUGCUUGUGCAAUGUUUGAUUAU